ACAGAAGCUUUUUUCAUAUUUCCUAUGCUGUAGACAGACUAUAGACAGGCGGACGAUGGUAGCAGUGUAAAGCCGAUCGGACUGUGGCAAUUCUUGAGUCCCUUUCCAUCACUUGGAGGAGGACACUGUCCGAGGAUAACCGCAACACAACCAUUGGAUCCGGAGCAGCAGUCGCCAGGCAGCUGGGAUGACAUUUGAGAUGGUGUGAUGGUGGAACAGGGGAGAACGUGUACAAAGUCGCUGAACAGAUGACAGAUGCAAUGAGACAAAGAUAAUUGUGUACUUAAGUGUGAGAUUUCAUCAGGAUGGAUGAGUUGGCCAGAGUGCGGCCAAGGCACGAGCCCAGAACGGCAGCAUCAGCCAUCAUGAUGGAGGGGGGUAUGCAGCUGCUCAACCGCGACGGUCACAGCAUCUCGCACAACUCCAAGCGUCACUACCACGACUCAUUCGUGUCCAUGAACAGGAUGCGACAACGUGGGCUGCUAUGUGACAUUGUGCUCCAUGUCUCCAACAAAGAAAUAAAGGCGCACAAAGUGGUGCUGGCGUCCUGCAGCCCCUACUUCCAUGCUAUGUUUACCAAUGAGAUGUCUGAGAGUCGGCAGACCCAUGUGACCCUUCACGACAUCGACUCACAGGCUUUGGAGCAGUUGGUUCAGUACGCCUAUACGGCUGAGAUCGUAGUCGGGGAAGGCAACGUGCAAACGUUGCUCCCAGCAGCGAGCCUCCUUCAGCUCAACGGGGUGCGAGAUGCCUGCUGCAAGUUCCUGCUCAGCCAGCUGGACCCCUCCAACUGCCUGGGCAUCCGAGGCUUCGCUGACACGCACUCCUGCAGCGACCUGCUCAAGUCAGCGCACAAGUACGUGCUUCAGCACUUUGUGGACGUCUCCAAGACAGAAGAGUUCAUGCUCCUGCCCCUGAAGCAGGUUCUGGACUUGAUCUCCAGUGACAAUCUGAACGUGCCGUCUGAGGAGGAGGUGUACCGGGCCGUGCUGAGCUGGGUGAAGCAUGAUAUAGAUGGACGAAGACAACAUGUACCUUGGCUGAUGAAGUGCGUGCGGCUUCCUCUGUUAAGGCGUGACUUUCUGAUGAGCAACGUCGACACGGAGCUGCUGGUGCGUCACCACUCGGAGUGCAAGGAUCUGCUCAUCGAGGCUCUCAAGUACCACCUGAUGCCUGAACAGAGGGGAGUCCUGAGCAACAGCCGGACCCGCCCCCGACGCUGUGAAGGCGCCAGCCCUGUUCUCUUCGCCGUUGGUCAGUGUGCGCCUGAAGGUGGCGGCAGCCUGUUUGCCAUCCAUGGAGACUGCGAGGCGUACGACACCAGGACUGAUCGCUGGCACAUGGUGGCUUCCAUGUCCACACGCCGGGCACGGGUGGGUGUGGCCGCCAUCGGGAACAGACUCUACGCUGUUGGAGGGUAUGACGGCACCUCAGACCUUGCAACGGUGGAGUCUUAUGAUCCCAUCACUAAUUCCUGGCAACCUGAGGUUUCCAUGGGAACGAGACGGAGCUGUUUAGGUGUAGCUGUUCUGCACGGUUUACUGUACGCUGCUGGAGGUUACGAUGGUGCUUCCUGUCUCAAUAGUGCAGAGCGUUAUGACCCACUCACCAGUACGUGGACCUCAAUUGCUGCCAUGAGCACCAGAAGGAGAUAUGUUCGAGUAGCCACUCUUGAUGGCAGCUUGUAUGCCGUGGGAGGUUAUGACAGCUCCUCUCAUCUGGCAACGGUGGAGAAGUAUGACCCCCAGAGCAACACGUGGACAGCCAUUGCCAACAUGCUGAGUCGGCGCAGCAGUGCCGGAGUGGCCGUGCUGGAUGGCAUGCUGUACGUCGCAGGAGGCAACGAUGGCACUAGCUGCCUGAACUCGGUGGAACGUUUCAACCCCAAGACCAACACCUGGGAAGGAGUGGCCCCCAUGAACAUACGCAGGAGCACUCAUGACCUGGUAGCGAUGGACGGCUGGUUAUAUGCGGUGGGAGGCAACGAUGGCAGCUCCAGUCUCAACUCCAUUGAAAAGUACAACCCACGCAGCAACAAAUGGGUGGCAGCUUCCUGCAUGUUCACGCGGCGCAGCAGCGUGGGCGUGGCAGUGCUGGAGCUCCUGAACUUCCCACCGCCCUCUUCACCCACCCUCUCGGUGUCUUCCACCAGCCUUUGACACGGGGUCAGCGCUUGGCUGACCUCAGCCUCUGCUGCUACAGCCCAGACUGGCUCUGGGAAGAGACGCAACUGCUCAGUAUGAGACGCUGGGGAGCGCGUGUGUUGAGAGCGGUCAGGUAAAUGUAUGGCGGUGGAGGGAAUGGGAGACGGGGCGGUAUGGAGGAGACCCCAAGCUGGGUGCAGUACGCUUCAGAAUUAGCGGCACAUUGUACAACAGUGCUGACGAACCUCAGUCUUAAAAUCCCACGUCGCUGUUAAUUCUGAACAGCGCUGUAUCUGGUCUGAAAGCCUGAGCGACCCUCUGUGUCGCUACGCCAUACACACGCCGGCUCCCACUUUCUUCACGACAUAAUUCUGGAAAUAGAUGUGUGAACUUUUUUUUUUUCUGCCCACAAUAUCGGUGUUUGACACACAUGGUGGGCAUCAAAUUCUGUCAUGUGUAAUCUUUUUGGUUAAAUGUGUCCUUUGCAAGGCUUUUUUUUCUUUCUUUGAUGUCAGUAGGUUUUACUAUAAUGUGUAUAAAACAAGAAGAAGAAAGAGCGAGAGAAACUGAAAGACUUUACUUUUGGAAUGUAGCUUUUUAGUGGUUUAACAUGCAUGUUUACGUAUUGGCACUGGCUCCCAAGAAGAUAUGAAGUGUUGUAGUGCUGCUAUGUCACACUAGGUGGCAGUGACGAACAACGUUAUACACCCCUCUCCCCCUGCAAGAACGCAUGGACACAACAUAGACGACCAUGCUGUCAGAGCUGUAAGUGAGUUUGGAUCCUUUUUUUACACAUGUAUUUAAAAAGAAAAAAAAACAGAGAAUUAUUUAGAACUAGAUGUAUUUAUAAAAUCUAAUAUAUUGUUUUAAAGAUGCUAAGAGAAGGGGAGGGGUGAAGCAAUGCCUAUUUAAGACUGUUUUUUGAUAUAUUUAUUUAGAUGUGUGAUGUGCAUAUCAUCAAUGGAAAUGACAAAGCGAAUGUCUUAGUGUGAAAAACGGUUGAGUUUGUUUGCAUUGGGAGUUCAAAAGGACUGACUGCUGUGUCAUGAGACAUAGCAUUUAAUUUACAUUUCUUAAUGUUUCCUCACUGCCUAAAGCAUGAUCUCACGUGACACACUGUACCUUUACGUCUGCUCCAAUUGUGGAAAAGGUCACUUCCAAGGCAAGCCUGUGGACCAUUCAGUGAAAGAACCAUAUCAUCUUAGAUGCUAGUUAUAAUAUACUUUAAAAACAAAAGCAGAUGGCUAGAUCAGAGGAAAACUUUGAUUUGCAUUAAAGCAACAGUUGAACGUACUGAGUAAUGCUGUUGGCACUUGGAGCAUUCAAAUUCCUUUUUUAUUAUUAUUACCUCAUCGUUGAAAUGGACCCAAUUCUAUUACCAAAUGGAUCUAGAAACGACUGCAUAACUGAUCACAUUUUUACUGGCUGCAAGAGCAAGGUGGCUAAUUUGGGAAUAUCUUCCUUUGUCAAAAAUAAAUGGAUGACUUUUUAUCUCUUUUUUUGGACUCUGUUAUGAGUCGGUAUCUGGGUUCAAUUCAGUUCAUGUGUAGUACAGUGAUAUCACUCCAAACUUCUAAGAAGUUGCCUUUUCUUCCUUAUUUUGAAGGAUUUAGUUGAUCCAUUUUUUUUUCCUGAAGCUACCGUUGUUUCAUAUAUUCAAAGUGGCACAAUUGGAGCCUUAUAGAGAUGCUCUUAUUCUAUAAAGUUGAAGAGAGUUGGGUAAAACCUACGUCAAAUGUGCACAGAAUUUAGACCUUUGCUUAUGCUGUGGAUUAAAAUGUACAUAGAUUGCUUGAGUUAUCUUAACUUAAUUUGUGCAAUUCCAAAAUGACUUUAGCUUUUCUUUUUGUGGUAAAUGUGGUGAUACUUGUUUAUUUAUGAUGCCUUUGUUAUUUAUGAUGGACUAUGUAUUUUGCACUUUUGCGAAAUGGAGCAAUACCCUACACGAAAAAAACCCCCAAAAAACCAAACAAAAGAAAUAAAGAUGUUUCCAC